AAUUCUCUGCCGUUCCUGCCACAGCAUGAACGGCAGACUGUGUGCAAGAAAGUUGAUGAGAACGCUCCAACGCCGGAUGGAGGUGGAACACGGUCUCGGCAGGUUCGCCCGAGUGACAGACUGUCCUCCGCCUCCCGCUGGCAGAUGUCAAUUCAGUCACCCACGAAGAUCCAUCGACCCCGCGGUAUCUGAUAAGAUGGACAGUUGCGAACCAUUUGCGGUGGUUCGCCUCCUCCCCUCCCUCUCAGAAUGCUGCCUCUCCCGACAGUGGAACGGUCAGCCACCGCCAAGAUGGAGGACGUCGAGUCGCCCAGCGAUGACAAGAUCUACCCCGCAUCCGCCAAGUCUCUUGACUGCGACCCCAAGCAGGCUGAGACCACGUCCUGCUCGUCCGCAGCCGCCUGCAAGCACAAGCUUCCUCUAAAAUGGCAGGUGUUGAUGAUCGUGCUGACAUGCUUGUGUACCUUUGGCAACCACUGGUCGAAUGGACUGAUCGUUGCGUUGAAAACAACAAUCAUCAAGGAGACGCAUAUAAACAACUCGCAGUUUGCUACCUUGGUGGCUAUCACCAACCUAAUCAACACAUUCCUAUGUAUCGGCUUUGGCUUCUGCAUCGACAAAUGGGGUGGUGCACCACUCUCGGUGAUCUUCGCGGCAUUCCAUCUGGCCGGGUCGAUCGUCAUGGCUGGAGCGGCGACUAAUAAUCUGAACAGUUACCAUGUCCUCAUCGCGGGGAAAGUCAUUGCUGCCAUCGGCGACGGAUCUUUGGACAAUGCGCAACAUCGGAUAUUCUCGACGUACUUCGCACCUGGGAGGGGCUUCGCGUUCUCCAUCGGUGCAAUAUGGGGUAUCGCCAACCUUGCCCAGUUCACUGGCCAGUCGACUGCGAAUAUUAUCACCAAACAGCUCGGAUCAUAUUCGUACGCACUUUGGAUAAGCGCCGGCAUCGCCGCCUUUUCCUUCCUGUGCGCCGUUGCCGUCGUCGUCCUCGAUCGCUACCUGCGUCGGUGCUACAUGGUGACGGACCAGACAAGCGGCAAGCGCCAUACAGGACAAACAAAAGGGCCGGCAUUCACUCUGAAGGCCAUACGACAUUUUCCCAUGACCUUCUGGAUCGUCGUCGCGUUCGCAGUCUUCGAGAACGCGGGCGUGCAGUCGUUCGUGUCGAUUUCGACACAAUUCGCACAACAGAGGCUGAAGAAGGGCGCGGUCAUUGCGGGAUGGGUCUCGAGCUUUUAUUUGCUCUUGCCGGCGUGUUUAACCCCGUUCCUCGGUAUCUACAUUGACUCAUUCGGUCAACGGAUAGGCUUUUUAUUCGCGUCUGGCCUGACCUUCCUGACUUCCAUGCUGUUACUCAGGUUUUCAACGACUGUCCCGACCUUCAUUGCCGCAUACGUCUUCUAUGCUCUGUCGCAGAGUGUCACCCCAGCACCACAAGUUGAGAUAGUGCGAAACAUCAUCCCUAAUCCACAGCAUUAUGCAACCGGAUUUGCCAUCAAGAAAUCCGUCGUACAAGCAUCAAUAGUCAUCAUCACGACCGCAGCGGGAAAGCUGCAGGACGACUCGCCAACGGACUCGCUCGAGCCGGCCGUCACACUCUGGCUGGCCUAUGCAUUCAUCUCCGUCGCCAUAGCUGGAGCCCUGUUCGUCGCUUCGUACGUCACGCCGACGCUUCUCCCUGCCGCGCGGCUCGCGCAGAUCAACCCACGGCGGGUGCCCGUGGAAUCUGAGCGGCUUGCGGAGAAGAAGGGCAUCGCUGUAGAGAAGGAGGACCUGGGCGACGAGGUGAGUGUGGCGAAGGAGGCGGAGAGGCGCGUGAAAGCUCCUGCGUCGAGCCUCGCGUGGGCGAGAUGGACUUGCUUGGUGGCUGGGGCUGUGAUCAUUGUUGUUGGGUGGGUGAUCUUUGGCUUGGGGGUGUCGUGGGGAGUGCAUGGGAGUGUGAUCGCGGGCACGGUAGGAGAGUAAAUAUGUAACAGACUAUACAUGAGUGAAAUCUAUCAACAAUAAAUAAAGCGUCGCCACCGUGGGUGCCAUUAACGCCGCAUGUCACAACCACGGGACUGUGACAUGUCGC